UCCUGAAAAAAUACAAGACAAAGAGAGCCAUUAGAUUACAAAGCAAAUAAAAUAAAUGACAGAACCUGUUGUCUAGUAAAAAAAAUUCGUAAUUUAUUGGGGUGGGAUGAAAAAGCAGGAUGUCUCUACACUUGAGUGUUUCCAGAGAUGUAGUCAUAUCAUUUAUUGAUCUCAUAAGCGGAGAUUUACAUGACAAGUCAUGCUCCUUUAAGAAUUAUAGGAAGGACAUUAAAUGACAUUCGUCAAAUGGGAUCUGGUGGUGCUGAUUGCCAGUAAAAAGAUCUCAUGAGCACUAGGAAGAGGCAGAGGACACUAAUGGACAUCUUUUACAUCUGCCAACCUUGGCAGUCAUUGCAUAACAUGAUCCAUUAAUAAUCAAAUACUUUCUGUAAUUCUUUGAAAAAAGUGACUAAUAGGGAAUAAAAGUUCCAGCUUAGGGACAGUAUUUCCAUGCUGAAUGACAGAAAUAAAGCAAAACUGAAUUCGUUGGGAAAACAUAGAAAACUCUCCAGUAUUAGGUUGGUUGCACUUUUUUCACUAUCUUUUUUUUUUGGGGGGGGGGGUCAUGAACUCUGGUGUGCAGCUAUUACCUCACUGUAUUUCUGACUUGCCUAUGCAGACUUUAAAAGAUUAACAAGGGUGGUAGGACAUCGAGUUCUUUCUUGACACAACAAUAAUCAAUCUCCAUCAGCCAUGUGUAAAAUACUUAAAAUACCACAUGAUCUAACCCCUGUAAUUUAGACAAAUGCUAGAGAUAAGACAUUUUUUCUUCAUUUUAAAAUACAUUAUGGCUGAUAAUUCUCUAUUAUUGACUGGAGUACUGAUAUGGUGUGCAUUUUGGUAGCCCUGGAAUAUUUAAAUGAAGUACAUUGUGACCCUCCCACUAGUUUGUUCUUCAGAGAGAGAUUAGUGUUCAACGAAUCAACACAAACAUCAACGCUGGUUCCUUCUCCCAGCCGUUUGUUUACAUGGACAACCACAUGAUUUUUCUUCUUACUUGGAUUACAAUUUUAACUACACAUUUACAGGUAAUAUACAUCAUGUUUUUAUCAUCUUGGAAAUAACAACUUUAUCUCUAAUGAGCUUGCAUUACAUGACUCUAAUGAUAACUUGUUAAUUUUUUCAACUGUUAAAAAGAGAUCGUUUGAAAAUCAUACGAAAGAAUUCUUUUCUUCUCGUCUCAAUUUUCUGAAAUUUGAAAACAGACACUUCUUUCACUCUGAUCAUAUGGUCCAUAAUGAUAAGUAAAAAGUUUGUUUGUAGGAUCAGAACCACACCUCCCAUAAGAUAAACAAAUUGGCUGUUCCCUUCUAAAACAUUUUUUUCCAGCCAAAAAAGUAGAGGUGCAUUAGGAAAACUCAUUUUCUAGGGGAUUUAUCUCAGCGAUUCUCUCCGCUGUUUGUUUAAGUUCUUAAAUCGACCAAAUCCUUACUUUCAAAGGGAUCGCCACAAUAAAGGCUAUACCCUGGUCAGUGUGGAGCCAAGAAUAUUAAAAACUUGUGUUGUACUUCUAGCUACAGAGAACAAAAUCUCCCAUAUUGGCAGAGAUGGCAACCACCCCUGCUUGCUCAUGUAAUGUCAUUACAAUAACAGUUUAUUUUAUUUUUAAUGAAAAAUGGUUUUAUAAUCUUGGAUAAGCUCCGAGAGGCAAAACGAUUUACUGUAGAUUACUCUUCUUGAUUACUAGGGAUUUGAUUAGGAUCUACACUGAUAUGCUUUAGGAGGACUGCAGAUCUGAUCCCCUCAUGGUACAGCAUUAUGCAACUUUGAUCAAAGGCUUUUAUAAGUAAUGAUGUUAACCAUCAAAUCCAGGAACUUACUCUCUCUCUCUCUCUCUCUCUCUCUCUCUCUCAUAUGCAUGAAUAUCAGCUAUAAUUCUUAGGGCUCUAGUCUCCUAUUCUCUCUUCCAUACUUUGUAAAAAGGCAAAUAUCCAAAUAGUAUUGGCCAAUAUCUAUUCACACUGCCCAACUCCUUGCACUCUGAUAUCACAAAGCACACACAAAAACCCUUCUCAUAGUAGAACAUUACAAUCUUUUCACUUUUUUAUUUGAAACCUAAUCUUUUCCCUGACAAUUUCCAGUUUUGAUUUUACUUGGUAACACAACGCAUGGCGCAAUCUCUAAAGGCAAAGUAACCACACUGUUUGCCUCUAUCUAUCAAAUAAUGUGUUCAGCAACAUUUAAUGUUUGCCUUCUUAUCAAAAAAACAGAAUAAAAAAUCAAGCUACUGUUAAUGGCCUAAGAAAAACACAGAAUAAUCCUUGGAGAAUACAAGGAUCAGUGUCUGCGGCCAUGAAGUAUUUGAGAGGGAAUUCUUGUAGGCAUGAAGACGGAGCUGGAAAACAAUCGAAAACAAUUGUUGAUACCAAAACGUGUGAUGAGCAGUGAAUGAUGCCUCUGUUUGUCAGAAGGAAUUUAUCAAAAACCUGAUGAAAUCGCACCAGCCCUGACUGGAAUGAACAUAACUUGAUGUCACAUUUACCAACAUGCAAUGUUUAUGUGGGCUUUGGCUUCAUCCAUCUUGGAAUCCUAGAAACCAGCUAUUGCAGCAAAUUGUUUCACAUUCCUACAUUCCACGGAAUACUUGAUUGAAGGAGAUGGACAUCAUAAUGUGUGACAGUUAUGACAAACAAUUGCAUAUUUCUCCUUAUACCAUCACAUUGGACAGAAGAAUGUAUUCAAAGGAAUGAAGACCCAACAUUUCUACAUUCUAAACUUCUAUAUUCAGACAUUGGAUCAGAAGUUGAAUACCUAAAGGGAGUGGGGAAAUGGAAAUAUUAUACACAUAAUUUGUUAAGGCAAUUGCAAGGAAAUUCACAUCGCUAUGUAAAUUACAUAUGUGUUCAAGUUUUGUAUAUACCCAUCAAUAUACAUCAUGGUCUUUUCCAGUCCACCAUUCUCAAUAUCUUAUGACAAUCCUCUUUAAUUCUGACUUAUUCUUUAUACUAUAUCAAUAGAUACACUACUGGGGCUCCCAUCGUUUGUUAAAUACACUUGCCAUGAAAGCAUAUCUAUCUAAUCCUUAUACUAACAUAAACGGCUUUAAUAAGUAUCCCACUUGACAGGGUAAAUACUCCAUUUUAGCAAACAUAAAUUUGAUGUCAAUUUUCUGACUAAGCCCAUACAUCAAUAAAUUCCGGUCAAUCAUACGACCAUAAAUGAGUGCCUUAUAAACUGUUGGUUUUCUGAUCAUCACAUGCGCAAUUGGUCAGUGAACAUUUCAUGGCCUUCCCAGACCCAUAUAUUUUUCAGCACCAUUCAUAGAGCCGAAUAUUAUUAACAUAAAUCACUCAAUGCCAGAAAUCGAAUAUUAUGUUAAGAGAUUAAACAUGAAAAAUGGAAGGCAAAGAGAAAAAUUUCCCAUAUUAUCACUUUUUUUCAUUACGUGGCAUCGAUGCAAUCACAAUGCUCAAGUGGACACUAUGAAAAAUCUUUGACUAAUACCCAAACAUGUUUAAUCAUCGGUGAAAUGUCUAACCAAGCAUUAUUUACAAGUCAAUCCAUCUGGAAAGCUAGUACAAAUGUCUUGACAAUGGACUCAGACCGAGUCAAUCCUUCGGGAUCCGUUUUGCUUUUUGUGUCUACCUCUAGGGUCUCUCUUUAUUGUCACGAAAUGAAAAAAUAGAAAGCCAGGAGAUUUCUUUGAUAGCUCGUUGUUUAAUCUGAUCUUUGAAAAGGGACUUUGGGUGGCACAGAAGACUCAGUGAACAGCUUGAUCUACAGAACGAUAAUAUGUCCAGAUAAACUGAGCUAGUCACUCCGGUCAUUGGUGACAAUCCUCCCCAUUCCCCCUUUCACCUUCUCCAGAUAAAAAGCCCAGACAUCAACUUAAAUACCUCAGGUGGAAGUUUUAAAAACACAUCUUUUAUUCCCAAUCCAAUGAAAACCAGAGACGGAAAUGCUCCCAUUUUAUACAGCCCUGAGAUCUCGCCAUUACAUCAAUAGAAGGAGUAUUAAAUCCAGUUUGUAAAUUUCUUCCCUGACGCCACAUCGGGGUCUUCCUGCUUUGGCUUGUUUGCCCUCCUCACACCUUCAUCCCCAUUCUGGCUCCAGGACCUAGACAGUCCCAAACAUACCUGUUGCACAUAAGUAGGUUGAGAGGGGCUGUUAUCUCCGUCCAGGUGAUAACGCUAAGAUUAAAAUUGUGUAAGAGAGAAUUGGGAAGUCUGGACAAUGCUUCGGACAUUUGGAGAUGAGAUGACAAACUUGGCUAAUAAUUCAAUCAAAUUGUGUUGAAAGGGGGCAGGUACAUAGUUUACAAUGAGGUGAUAGCAUUCUUUCUAAAACUUGUCUGAAUAUGAACAAGAGGGAAUAAUCCAAGGUUUCGAUACUACAAACAUCCAUCACACAAAGUCAAAAUUUCCGCAGGCUCUGAGGACAGUGGAACUUUGGAGAACUGAUAUACUUGAAAAGGAUCUAUAAUGCUGUAAUUCAGUCAUAUCAAUGUGUUAGACAGAGUUCUUGACAAUGGUUCUCAUAAAUACAGAUAUAUGGACUAUGACUGGAUUAUUUUUUUUAAAACAUGACUUUUUGGAUUUUUUCAAAAAUAAUAUCAAACAAUAACAGUUGGAUCUCAAUUCUGACCACAAUAAUAUGUUAACUUUUCAAAUCCAUGAGAAAAAUCUCCUUAUCUAAUGGAAUAAAACAGAUUACAUGACAAGCAAUUUGUACUGGCGUCAUCUUCAGCAAAUCAGGUAAUUUGAGGCGCGAUUUUUCCUUGUGUGUGCUCUUUUUUUAAACUUCCAUAGGACAAAUUGUUCUAUUAGUACAAUUUGAACAGGUCUCCUAAAAAAUUUGUAUGAUUUGUGCAAAGUCAUAUUUUUUUCCUUUAUUAAAUCAUGGGCAACCUAAGGCACUGUCUAAUGAAAUGUAUAAUUUCAAUGGCAUUUGUGACACUACAAUAUCAGUUUACAACCAAAGGGGGUAGUGUAUUGUUUAUCAAUAAGUAUAAACACCACUUUUCCUUUAAAGCCAGGUGAAAGAUGAGUCCACCUUCAGUGCUAUUACCAAUUAAAUCAACCUAUAAUGAUAUGUCAAAUGGCAUGUGUGAAAAGAUUUUUAUUCAAUUUUUCUUUGAUGAUUUUUUUUCCCAAUUUGUUAAUGUCAAAUUCUAUUCUCCAUAAAUUACAUGCCAAGAAAACAAUAUAACUGAAGAGAUCAAUAAUUAAAAUAAAUAUUUAUGAACUGCCAGGGGUGCCCCUGUACUCUUUACAAAAUCACACACAUUCUUCGAAGGGGUUCAAAGAAAAAACAAAUAAAAAUAUCCAAAUGAAUUUUCUGCAUUUCUUCUUGUAUAAUCAAGCCCAUUUCCCUGUGCAUAACAAUAUUUGGCAAAAGCUGACCCUAAUCGGAAAGAUUUUUUUUAGCCGUAAGCAUUAAACUGGAGACAUAAUUCUUAGGGCAUGCAUGACUGCUUGGCUCCACAAUAACCUCCCAGAGCUAAACCACAGAGAAAUUAUGAAGAAAUAUGACAGGCCAACUCAUAUUACUUUGAUGAGAUUGGGUUAUUGACAAGCACAGUAAGGUUAGGCGAGGUGAUACAGUGAGAAACCAUUUAAUUCAUUGGGUUUAUCUUGUGUGUUGUUCAAAAGGAUCUCUUGUUUCGGGGUAUAUAGUGGCGUUAUUGUGAAAAUGGAUUUUUAACAAGUAACAGUUUACAAGGUUAGUAGAACAGAUUUGAGUUUCUCACGUUUCUGUUGACAGAAUUAUCUAUGGAAUAUUAAAAGAUUAAAUUCAAAAUUCAUAAUAAUUUAAGGCGAAUAAACCUUUUAUCCUGUUUCUUUCUGUGACAUAAGCCAUAUUUUCAUUUCAUGAAGAAGAAAAACAUGAUUGAGCUAAUAGCGAAUGAUGAAUGAGGGCUGAAUGUUUAGUUAAUAGCCUGGGAAGAACAAAACUUAUAUUUUCUCUGAAUUUUCUUGCCCAUUCCAAUGUCUGAAGAGACAUCGCAUACCAUCAAUUUUAGAGAAUUAGAAUGUUAGCAACUUAGUGAAGCGGCAAAUUACAACACCCCAAAAAGACGAUGAAUACAUCAUCACUUGACAGCUUCAAAGGAAACUCUUCUGUUUUCUCAGCUAAUUCAUCUAUUUAAUAUUUCAAUACACCUGUUCAGCCAAUGUUUCAAACUAAAUUGACCAUCUUUCUCUUCUCUCUCUCUCUCUCUCAUAUUUUUCCCAACUACAAUGCCCCUUUAACACAAGUACAUAACAUCUCUAAACGUCAUGCAUUUAUCAUUGUAAACACAAAUUUUUGUUAUCAUAUUUCAUACAAAGGUACAAUAUAUUUUAUUUCCCAUACUCAUGAUAUAUUUUCAUGAACAUUUUAUUCUUGGUAUCUCAGAUCUAUCUCGUCUGAGUUGCGACUUGGGGUCUGAUCUUUAGAUUACCAGCCGGAGCCAGGGUCCAUUAGGAUACUUAUGGGUGGUAUUCUGGUUUUUUGUUUCACAGAUCCAACUUUUAUUGAAUCAUCAUGAGCAGAUGUGGGUUGUUAAUAUUAUCAGCGGAUUAUUAUAUACAAUCAUCACAGACUUCCGGACUCUCUGAAGUAGAGACAUGAAUGUGUCUCAAGGACCAUGGCCUUUCAAAACAAAUUUGUUUACUCUCUCUCUCUCUCUUUUCUAAUUCUCUCUCUCUCUCUCAAUACUCUCAUACUCUCAAGUAGUCUUUGUGUCUGUAUAAUGUUCUUUAUAAAUCACACUGUAUUGAAUACCUGCAUAAUUUUCUCUUUUUUAUACAUGGACGUUAUAAAUCAUCACUAUCUAACUGCAAAUGCAACUGUUUUGGGACAAUAAAUCAUCAUUUAUUCAACCAUAAAUACUACACCCUGCACCCCAACUGUCAGUGGCAUAUAUUGCCUCUCCUAGCCAUUGAAACACUGCCUAGGACCUAUUAAAAUGACAUAUUUAUAGUCCCCUCUCAUCCCAAAAGGAGAAAAGCUCCACCAAUGUUUAUUAAUCAAACUAAUUAACCACUCUUAUGUCUAAUGUACACAUUCACAGAUGACAAUACAGAGUCUCGUUUUAUGCCUUAGGCCCCUUCAUAAGUUAGUACACAAUUGACAUAAAUUAUAUUUGUACUACACAAUACAUCUGUUCUGUUUAAUUGACAUAAAUUAUAUUGUACUACACAAUACAUCUGUUCUGUUUAAUUGACAUAAAUUAUAUUGUACUACACAAUACAUCUGUUCUGUUUAAUUGAUUCGAGACCAAUGUUUCCACAAGUCUAUUUUCCUUCAGGACAAAUGCACUCUGAGAAAUCUAAUUAUAUUAGCUACUACUGAAUUUUUAUUUAGAACCACACACAAUUCAUACCUUCAUGACUCUACUACCAAGAGUGGAGGUGUGGGGACAGAUAGACCUAUUAGUUUACAUUGCACUGAAGUUAUUUCAGUUGAUUUGACCCCAGGGUUAAGGAGUUCAGCCAAUCACAGGUAAUGCUGAUUUAAUCAUAAAUCACUUCUCAGGCUUUAGUUCAUAUUUUGUCUAAUGAUACAGACAGUGUAUGAUAAUCACACAUGACGUUGGUAUGUUCAACAUUUCACAAGGUAAUUUUUACUGUAUAUUGAUUUAUUUCUUUAUAAAAAUUUGCUUUUGUAAUGGAUUUUGCACUGUCUAUCAAUUCUACAAAUUUACCUUGAAACUUAGAAAAAAAAAUUUACACUGCUUCGAAUUAAAAAAAACUUCACAAUUAAUUUUAAAAAAAUUAAACACUAGUAUUUUCAAUUUUUCAAGAAAAGUUAGUUGCAAAGCAUGUAUCGGUUUGUUCCAAUUCUACCAUCUUCAUCAAAAAAUGAUUCUUCAAUUUGUCGAAAUUCAGAAAACUUCCCAAGAGAAACUUGUAUUGACAACCUAUCACAUACUUCAUGCAUAAAUGGAUACAAGGAAGACGCAAAGACAAUUAAAAAGACAAUUGCAUCAUUGAUUUUUUCCUCCUAAAAAUUAUUAAAGUUGUGACAACAUAAAUUCUUUAAAUUUCUUGCCUUUAUCUUCCUUAAUGUUUGCAUGAGAAAUGAAUGCCGUUUCAGACUAAGCUGUCCUUGCAAUUUGUCAAUGACAAUUAUCUUCCAGAACUUUCCUAGUUGCAAGAAAUUGAUUGAAUAUCAUUUCCCCCAAAUUGAAUCAACAUGCAAUUUUGAUGUACUGUCACAAUGCAAACAGAGUCAAAUGGAAUCCCCACUUGUCAUUAAAUAGUGGAGAGAUUGAGAAAUCGGGAUUGAUCUAUCCAAAAUAAACAUUCCAGAUUUGUACAGUCGCAAAAUGGGGUAGACAUGGAUUCCCUCCCUCCAAUAAAGCAGUGUCUCUGCUGGAAGAAAUAAAAAUCUAGGUGACAAUUCAAUCAGCCUGCAACCCUGGCACAUCACACAAGACCAGCUCAAGAUGAGCUGAGAUGUCGCAUCAAAAGGAUGAAGCGAUUCAGUCCCAGCGGUCAACACUACCCUGACCCCUCAAUGCCUCCUGAAAAUGUCCCCGAGGUUACGGAGGGACAGACUCUUUCCAACGAAAGCAAGAAAGUCAAGACAAACCAAUCCUUUGAAUCCUUGUUUGACUGUGAAUCUCUGUGUGAUGUGAUUCUUAAUGUAAAUGAUGGACAGUUCCUUUUUAGAGGACAUAAAAUGAUUCUUGGAUUAAAAAGUGAGAUUCUGGCCACCAUGUUGAAUGAACUAAGUUCUAGUGAAUCUCAAAGCAGACCAGUUCUAAAUUUGAAGGAACUACCCGAGUGCAGUAUGGUUUUUAGUCGGUUUCUGUACUUUAUAUACAGUGGGGCUGUCUGGCUUCACAGAGACUAUGUACUUCCCCUUCACAGUUUGGCUGAAAAAUAUCAGGUGAAACCUCUAAUUCAACAUUGUCAAAGUUACAUCAGUCAAAUUCUUUUUAAUAUGAUCAGUGCCUCUGAUGGAUGUAGAGGGUUUUCCAUUGACAUCAUAUGUGACAUUUAUGAAGGAAAUCUGUAUUCAGAUGAAAUUUGUGAUCUCUGUUACAAAGUGCUGUGUGCCAAAUUUCGUGACUUGAUUGCUUCUGAAAGGUGGACUCUUUGUAGCUGGCACUUGGUGAGUGAUUUGCUAAAAUGUGAUGAUUGUAAUGCUGAAGAAAAUGUGAUACUAACAUCUGCUACUGAAUGGAUGAAAAAGAACCAAUUAGCAGACAAAAACCUCAUAGAGGAUAUUCUAGUCAAUAUUCGCUAUCCAUUACUUCAUCGCAAAGUCCUGUAUCAGUUGCAAAAAAAUGGCAUAUUUAAAAACUUUCCACAAGUGCAAGUACUUGUUGAGAAUGCAGUGAGAUACCACUGUUUUAAAGAUGUACCCGAGGCGAGGGAUGAUUUUGUGGGGGUUCAAUUCACUAAAAGGACUACCUACAGAAGCAGACCCAACAGUACCGAAAACACCAGCAUGAAUUCACCAGAAACUCUAUCCAGUUCAAGCCAGAAUUUGAACAUCAGUGUUCACAGCCAGGCCCACUGUUCUCCAGCAGUGUUCAUACAAAAUUCUCAACCUCCCCAAAUUGUGCAAAGUCAAAUUUACAGCAACCUUCUGCAUGAAAGCCAAGAAUAUCACAGACUUCAGGAAGCUGUGCCUGCCCCACCCUCCCCGCCCAUGCAACCUUCUGUCUCAGCCAUCCCUCAUAUGUACAAUGUGUCAUCUGCUGCAAACUAUGUACAAAAUGCUAGUGUUCAAACUGGAGAGAGGUCCUCUUGAAUGUGUUAAAUCUGUUUGUUUCUUCUGCAGUAUGCAGUAUUUUUUUUUUAUUAUUAUUAUUACAGUGCUAUUUGCAUUUAGUUUCCAUAAUAAUAAAUCUUUGUCAAAGAAGUGCUUGUUACCUGAGUGAAGCUUGUCAAAAUAUUUUUGAUUCUUCUGAAAUUUAUGUAUUGUAAAUUACCUAGACAUUAAAUCUGAAUACAAAAUCGAAGAGAUAAUUUCAUUGCAGCUAUCAAAGAACGGCUUGCCUGCAAAUUUCUUUAAAAUAUGUUACGUUUUAAUCUGUGAACACUUUGAAUUUCGAAGAUUAAACAUGACAUUCUCCACUGAUGCUAGGUGUAUUUAACAGUAAUCCUGGAAAAAAACUAGGAGUUCAUGGUUCACCUAAUCAUAUUAGUGCACUGCAUUUAGAAUUAAAUUGAGUGAAACUCAAGAUUGAAGGAAAUCCCAAACUGUUCACAUACCAGCAAAUCUGGAAAAUCUAGCUAUGUACCAUGGCUUUGAUGAUUCUUUAAAAGAUAGGAUCGGGGACCUUAUGCAAUGGGAGCAUUUUAUCCAGACUUGACUAGCAAGGUAAAUUAGAGGCAAUUUGUCUCCUCCUUUCAUCAUGACUGCACUCUUCCAAGAGCCUCUUUGCUAACUAGCAAUUAACGUUUUUAUCCUACAAGUGCAUUUUAAAAUAAUUUAAUUUAGCAUAUUUGAAGGAAUAUCAAAUACAUCCGAACGCUUGCAAGCACAUUUAAAAAAAAGAGAGAGAAAAAACUUCAGUAAAGUAUUGGGUUAACAUGGUUAAGUACUUGUUGAAAAUUGGAAAAUUUGAAAUCCCCCCUCCCCACAAUGACCAAUAAUUAGUUAGGUUUAUGAUCAACCAUGCACUGAAUAAUUAUUAUCACAGUAAUUAAAUCUUGAAAGCCUUACAUUUUUAUUGAUCUUUAAUGAGAACCUGAUUUAAUGUCAGAAGCCGUGGAAACAAGUUGUUUUUGCUCAAUAUUGAAUGAUCCCCUUUGCUUAUGUUGUUUUUCGUCAUUAAAUGUACAAGAAAAAUGUU